AUGCAUGAUAAGCCCCUGGGCUCUAAGGCGUCAUUUUUUUCCCAAGAGGCACGUCGCCUCAUUGAAAUUGAAGCUGGUGUCUUGCAGAAUGUGAUACAAUGCCUCGCAAAAGAAGAGGGCCUCCGUUGUCUUCGCGAACUUCUAGAAAAGGACUUCGAGCAAAUGCCUGCGGCAGGGAAGAAGAAGCUCCUCGAAGACCAAAUCCUUCCCUUCCUAGAGACAGUCGCUCACCCCAAGGUUCUUUCCUCGUUAGUCUUAGAGCAGACAGUGGGAACCAUCUACAACUUUCUUUACGGGAUUGACGGAAGAAGAGCCGCUCAUUUCCUAAACUACACGUGUGAUGCCUUAAGUGCCAGUGAUCAUGACGAAGCCACUGCAUCGCGGCUGGAAGCCUCGCUUUUGGUUUUCUCGCGGAUUGUUGACCUCAAUUCGAGGGCGCUGGUUCAAGAGCCUCUCAAGCAUCUCGCAAAGCGGUUUGACGAUCUUUUCAUCACACUGAACAAUGGACAUCUGACGAACUUUCUCCACGUGGCGCGUGUCUAUCUCGAGCGUCUUCUCCGUCGACUGGAAAUCGGGAAAGGACUGCUCACUGCUUCGACCAAGCUGCCGAAUCAACUCAGAAAAAGCUCCGAGCUUUCCUUCGUCAUCCCACGCGAACCACCUGGCGGGCGACACAAUAAUGACCACCAAGACUUCUCCAAAAUUCGCAUCAUGCCAAGCUUCCAGGAAAUAACAAGCAGUCGCACUGAGUAUCUUCCAGUCCUUGACCCAGCACAGUGGCAUGUUGGGGGGAUCGACGGAUUGCUGGAUAGGAACUUUCGCCUGUUAAGAGAAGAUGCGGUGGGACAACUGCGUGAUGCUGUUCACCAUGAGAUCCGUGGCUCACGAGCUGAAGCUCCCCGUAAAAACCAGGCAAGAACCCUUGUCUAUCACGCCGCGUCUUUCGGCGCACUCCGCCUGGAAAAGCCGUCGGGUUUUCAGUUUCUGGUCUUCUGCACCGUGGCAGAGACGCAACAAUCCAAACAAACGGGGACCAAGGACAAGCAGAUACCCAAAAGCAAACAACAGGAGCUAUCAUCUCUUUGGAUAAACGCGCAGAGUGCCUCGACCGUGCUAGCACUCGUGGAUAACAAGCCUUCGGAAAUGCAGGCCAUUCUGAACAAUAUCCAGCGGGACCGCCCUCGGUUUUCGAUCUUGGAAUUCCCCGGCGUGCUAUUGCCCGCGUUCGAAUCGACGCUCAGGGCGCUUCAAACUAUGAAAGGAAGAAAUAUUUUUCCCUUCGCGGACCUACUUCUUCCGACAGGCAAAGAUGGGCUUGGUCAAAAAGACGUCACUCCUCCGAUUUACUCCCUGAAGCCUGGCUUUGCUUUCAACCUGCGCUGUUUGAUGAAUGACAACACCGACUUUUAUGUGGGCUGUUCUGGAGCUGUCAAUAUUGAACGACUAGAGGAAAACUUUUCGCUCGACAAAACUCAGGCAGUCGCUCUUGUUAACAGCCUCCAGCGUAGGGUAGGUCUCAUUCAAGGCCCCCCAGGGACCGGCAAAAGCUAUACAGGAGUUGCCCUUAUCCGGGUUCUGCUGGCCAACAAACGACAUGGUAAGACAGAUCUUGGGCCUAUAGUCUGCGUCACCUAUACCAACCACGCGCUGGACCAACUACUGGAGGUUCUUCUUGAUAGAAGUGUGACUUCAAAGAUCAUUCGUAUUGGGUCACAGUCCAAAUCGGACCGACUUCGGUCAGUCAACAUUAACCAUAUUGCCAGUGGCGAGGAGAAAACGAAGUUGGAGAAGGAGACUCAGUGGAGUCUUCUUAAGCAGCUUGAGGAGUGCAAAAAAGACUUUGCUGCACUUGAAAUGAACAAACAUAUCACGUCAGCUCGUAUCGUUACACAUCUACGCAACCAACAUGGACAUUAUUACAACCAGUUGUUUGGGAGAGACGACGAUGGGUUUCAAAUGGCGAAUACCAAUGAUCCCGGGGCGCUGCUUGAUCGCUGGGCUCGUUCAGACUUCAAGCGCGACGACAACAUUUUUGCAAACGGCGAAAGACGCGACAAAAUAUUUGAACUGCCCAAGAAAGAACGGCAAGAACUGCUCCGACGAUGGAAAGAAGAGAUCCUGGACGACAUGAUGCAGCGAGCCAUUCAAAUCACCUCGUCACAUACAAAGGCCAAGUCAGAUUUUGACAAUACUCGCGACGAAGGAUACGACCCCAAGCGGUGGAAGGCAAUUAUAACUCUCCGGGGUCGCCUGAAUCAGUAUUACAACCAGGUUAAGCCGCAAGAGCAGCCGUUCCAGCGAGUGCGUGACAUGGUGGAAAACGCCAAACGCCGCAGAGGCUUGACGACCGAAUUUGUAAUUGAUGACGGUGUGCUCCUAAGCAAGGGAGUCAUUUUAGCCACGGCUCUGAGCAUUCGUCUGGAUAUCGCAUUGUUCUCCGACUUUUUCUCGAUCAAGGAGAAUUCGCGCUCUAGCUGCGGCCCCAUCACGACUGAAGUGGACCUCGGAAGACUUCGACGUGAGUUCAAAGAUUUGAUUGACAGCGCAGUCGUUUCAAAUCGACCACUGCAACAAGUCGAGGGCUAUGUUUUUCUCGCGCAACUCCGUGCCUUCGAACGCUCCAAUUCCACCACUCCAGAUAUCGCGGAAUGCCAUCAUCAGGAAGGGAAAAACGCAAUCCUUAAGGCCAGGGAGGUAUUAGCCGAACACCCCGGGCAAACCCGUGGAAUGAUGGAUGAAAUUGACGGCGCCGAGAAAAUGCUUCGAGGCUCGACCUGCUAUGCCGCAGUGACUAACGAGGAGCGAAUGGUGAUUAUUAAGGCCAUGGAUACAGAGUUCCGAGGCACCGGGCAUUGGUAUUAUUGUCGCAAUGGACAUCCGUUCACCAUCGGAGAGUGUGGCGGCGCCAUGGAGACAGCAUCUUGUCCGGAAUGCGGUGCAGCCGUGGGCGGACACAACCACAGGACAGUUGAAGGGGUGACUCCGGCGAGUGACUUGGAGACGACUCUGCGCGGUUCUUUUCGGGCUAUGGGACUGUGA